AGGUUAUGGUCCCUGGAAAUAAUUUCGGGCAUGUAAUCGUCCGGUCGACAGAUUUUUCUUGCACCCGCUCACGAUUUGACAGAAAUGAGUCAUCAGGAGAUUCAGGUACGGACUCCGAACCUCCGUUUGCUCCGAUGAAUCCAGAUCAACAGGUAGCGAAUACCGGUUCCCGACCGCCUACCGUGUACGAUCAGAAGUAUAUGGAUUUCGUGGAAAACGUGUUGAAGGAAGCAGCCAGCGAUUUUGAGAAGGAGAAAAAAUUCUCUGAUCAGAAUCUACUGAAACUGUACAAGAUAUUUGAUGGAACGUUUGAAAGAGCCUUAGAUUUAUAUGAAAAACAACGAGUGACACAAAUUUCCACGUCUGACACAAUUAUAACGGAGCCAUGCAAGAAUGCUAACACAGCCAGCUGGUUAAUGCAAGUUAAAGGGCAUUCUGGAGCAUUAUACACGCUUUUUCCAGAAAUAAAUUAUUGUACUUGCGCUGCCUUCAGGGUUCAAACAAACGUGAUGCUCUCUAACGUGGAAGACUAUGCGUUGGUUGCAAAAGUGGGAUUGUCGAAUCUAAAGAUUGUAACACAAUUAUUGAAAGCUAUCAACUUUAAGGAGACAGCUACUUGCCUCGGCAGUGAAAACGGAUUAAAAAUCACAGUCGAAGACGCGAAAUGUAUGCAAGCCAGUGCAUACAUCCCAUCUACAGUUUUCGAUGAAUUUGAAUUGAAAGAGGAUGUGACAUUCUCAUUGAGUUUAAACAUAUUGGUGGAGUGUCUUUGUAUGUUCUGGCCUACUUCGCAAGAGGAUUCCGUCAACGUGCAAAUAUUUUACAAAGGCACAGGCUAUCCUGUAAGCGUUAUCAUUGAAGAAGACGGUGUCAUAACAGACUGUUCGUUAAAAACUUUGGAAGUAGACGCAUUGUUAGACUUUCAUCUUGAGGCAGAAAACGUUGUAAAUAAAGUAGUAUUACGAACAGAAUUAUUGAAGGAUGUCAUGGCCGAGUUAGAUCCAACUAGCGAACUAGUCGAGUUGCGUUUAUCGCCGGAAGAACCCUACUUCAGAAUUAGCACGGAAGGUCUAGGUGGCAUUUGUCAUAUCGACUUGCCGCGCGAUAGCGAUUUAAUAGACACUUUUCAGUGUACAUCGACGGCAACAUCCAAUUUCAAAUUAGCGCAUAUUAAACCGGCGAUGAAAGCGUUAUCAUGCGCUAACAAGGUUUCGUUAAGAACCAAUAACGCCGGCCUGUUGUGUUUUCAAUAUAUGAUUAAAACCGAAAAUGGGCACACCUGUUAUAUGGAAUAUUACAUUUCUCCAUUAAUAGAUAUGGAUGUUUGCUGAAAUAGCCAUGAACGGUUAAACAGUGUGAUGAUACGGACGUAUCAAAUCAGAAAUAAAAUAUGUCCAGCUGCCCACGUAUGUGUAUAAAUCUAUGUAUAAAAAUUAGUUUAACAAACACCUAAAUAUAUCUUUAUAUAUUUAAUAAAUUCAUACUUAGUUUUCAUGU